AUGUCUUCUGAAUCAUUAUCAAUCUCAAAUAAAUCAUAUAAUUCAUCAACUGAAAAGCAAGAUCCAACUAAAAAGAAAAAGAGAUGGAAAUGGAAUUUUCGUGAUCCAAACUCACCAAAUGAAAUUUAUAAUUGGACUUUAUAUUUGUCAAUUUUUGUAUUUGGAAUGACUGGUAUGGCUAGAGGUAUGGAUGAAGGAACUGUUGCUGGUAAUUUAUAUCAAGAAUCAUUUAGAGAUAUUUUUGGAUUUAAUGAACCUGGUAGAUCUGAAUCAUUUUUAGCUGAUUUAAGAGCUAAUAUUGCUGGUAUGGUUAUGAUUGGAUCUGUUGGUGGUAGUUUAAUUUCAAUUUGGUCGAUUGAUUAUUUUGGUAGAGUAAAUUGUCUUAGAAUUGUUUGUGCUAUUCAAGUUGUUGGAGCACUAAUUCAAGUAUUUGCUAGGAAUUUACCUGUGUUAUAUGUUGGUCGUUUAAUUGAAGGUUUGGGUGUUGGUCAAACUACUGCUUUAGGACCUUGUUAUUUAAGUGAAGUUGCAAUGCCUGAGGCAAGAGGGUUCAUUGUGGGCAUAUUCAAUGGAGCUGUGUACCUAGCUAUCUGUUUGUAUGGAUUUCCUUCAUUGAUGAUACUUUUGAGUUGAUUACUAACAAUUUUUAGGGGGUAUUUGUCAAAUUAUUUGACUGCGAAACAUAUGACUCCUGGAGAUAAUUUACAAUGGAUGAUACCAGUCGCGAUUAAAGUUAUUGUAGCUGGGUUGGUGGGUUUAGGAAGCUUCGUAACUGUUGAAUCUCCAAGAUGGUUGAUCAAAGCUCAUAAGAAGGAAAGAGCUGUGAAAAAUUUAUGUAAGCUUAGAAAUUUACCACAAGAGCAUCCUUAUAUACAGGGUGAAUUAAAAGAUAUAGAAACUCAAGUUGAAAUGGAGCAUGCUAAAAUUGAUGGUUACCCCUGGUAUCUUAGAUUAAAACAUUUAUUCACAAGACCAAAUUUAUUCAAGAGAGUUUUUGUUAUUGGUAUAGUAUCACAAUUAAUUGGUCAAUGGGGUGGUUCAAACGUUAUUACAAUGUAUUCUCCAUUUUUAUUUCAAUUAGCAACAGGUAGUGAAGGUGGUAUCGAAAACUUAACAAAUACUUUGAUUUUAGGUGUUAUUAAAUUAUGUGCAAGUUAUUUUGUGGGAUUCUUUUUAAUUGAUACUUUAGGUAGAAGAAUUUGUUUACAUACUGGUAUUAUUAUUCAAGGUUGUUGUGUUUUAUAUUUUGCAUUAUUUUUGAAUCUUAUUCCUGCUGAUGAUCCAAAUUAUACAUUAAGUCCAAGUGAAGAAAGAGUAGCAUUAGGAGCAUUAGCAGCAUUAUUUUUAGGUGGUGUUGGUUGGGUUGUUGGUUUUAAUGCUGUUCAAUAUUUAAUUGGUCCUGAAAUUUUAGAUACAACAUAUCGUGGAGUUGGUGCUGCAUUAAUCCAAUUUUUCCAUUUUGUAAAUCAAUGGGCAAACGUUAGAACAGUUCCAUUAAUGAUGGUUACAAUGCAAAAUCAUGGUGCUUUUUAUUUCUUAUUUGUUAUUAAUGUUAUUUGUUUAAUUUGGGCUUAUAUUUGUGUACCUGAAAUUAAAGGUAAAUCUUUAGAAAGUAUGGAUGCUAUAUUUGAAUUACCAUGGUAUAUGAUUGGAAGAAAAGGUGGUAAAGUAGCAGAUAGAAGUGCAAUUCAUCAAGUUACUCAUCAUGAUGAUGAAGGAGUGAUUGAUUUAGUUAAUGAUGAUCCAGAAAAGGGUAAAGUUGAAUAUGUUGAAAAUAAAAAAUAA